UCUUAAAGAGGGAGAGACAAAGAGAGUCUGAAGAAGAAGAAGGGAAGAUGGAACGUGGUAAUGGCCAUGGUAUCGGUAGUGGUGGUGGUUUUCAUGGUUAUCAGAAGCUUGCUAAGUCAAACUCUACUGGGACGAUGCUGUCGAAUGAAAUUGAUGUCAAUUCGACCUGCACUGUACGGGAACAGGAUCGAUACAUGCCGAUUGCGAAUGUGAUUAGGAUUAUGCGCAAGGUGCUACCAAGCCAUGCAAAGAUAUCUGAUGAUGCUAAGGAAACAAUCCAAGAAUGUGUCUCUGAAUACAUUAGUUUCAUAACAAGUGAAGCGAAUGAUCGAUGCCAAAAGGAACAGCGGAAGACGAUCACAGCUGAAGAUGUUUUAUGGGCUAUGAACAAAUUGGGUUUUGAUGAGUACAUUGAACCACUUAAUCUAUACCUUCAACGUUACCGUGAGUUUGAAGGUGAACGUGGGUCGAUUCGAGGUGAUUCGCUGGUGAAACGGGGAGGGAUAAAUUUAUCCCCCUUCACAAAUGGUUAUGGGCAUGCUGCUGCAUUUCAUAUGGCAGCUGCACAUCAUUUUCAUCAGGCUGGGUUUUAUGCUGCCGGACCACCACAAUUACCUGGUGGAGGAUCGGUUUCUGCAGCAGCUAGUGAUUAUUUGAGAGAUGGGUCAGCUGGUGUUAACUCUGGUCAUCAAUCUACACCUGCCAUGUCUGCUGCUUUUGAACCUUAUGCACCUUAUAAGUGAUGAGGAAAAUUAAGUAGUACAUAUAGUACAUCAUAGGCUAUGGUAGGGUGGCCAAGCUGUUGGAUGCCACCUGAGGUUAAAACUUGUCGACAUUCUAAUUUAUGGACUGGACUGGACUGGAAAAAUCAAUCAUAGAUGUGGGUUUGGGGUUUGGCUCGGGUAAAAUUUAAUCAGAUAAAGUAAACAGGGAUGGUUAUUUAGUUUUCCAUAAUUAAUAUGCAUUUUCCUUUUGGUUUGCUUGUUAGUGUGGGUCUCAUGCUUGUUGUUUAGCUUAUGCCUUGUUGCAAUUGCAUUUCCUCUUUUGGAACGUAGAACUGCUAAUAAGCUCAUUCGUUGGUA